UAUAGCAAGACCUUUGCGUGAAUUAAUUUUGAAGUUUCGAAGCGCGAAUGUCAAAUUGUGUUGACUGCUGUAAAAAAGUUGGGUUAUGUUAAGUAUUCAGUUAGCAGUAGAUUUUCUCCCGCAUUUCCAUGGAGACUCCAGUUUUAACAAAAAAUCAACAGAAGCGCACUUUAGCAGGAAAGAAGAAACCACGUGAGAAGUGCCUCCGUAAUGUGUUGAUGAAACCCAAGAUAUUUACGAAUUUGGUGGCCGAUGAAGCUGUUGCUGAAAACAUUUUCAAAACCCUGGAAAGCACAAUUAAUGAAAGUGAAGAACAAAUAACAUCUGAUGUCAAAACCAGUAAAUGUGAUAAUCCCAAGAGAAAAACAGAAAAAAACAAAAGGCAAAGAGUGCUCAAAGAGAAAGGACUGAGGAAAUAUUUAUGUCUGGGUGUGAAUGAGGUUGCACGUGCUGUUGAGGGUGGGCACAUUCUAUCUGUGCUACUUGAGAAGGAUGUUGAUCCACAGUUUAUGGUAUCACAUAUAGGAACUUUGUGUGCAGUUCACAAUAUUCCAUGCAUUGUUGUGUCAGGCCUGAGAAAUGGGACAAGCAGAGCAUUUGGAUUUCCAUGCAUAUGUCUUGGAGUGAAGGUUGUCAAUAGCAAUGAGGAAAAUGCCUUUGCAGCUAUGCAUCAGUGUAUCUUAGAGGUCUUCCAUGCCCUUUCUUUCAGUAAGUCACCUACUGAAUUACAGGCUGACUCACCAGUUUCUGUAGAAACAACACAACUAUCGGAAGAAUUAGAAAAUGUCGAAGCUUUAGCAAAACCUGAAGCUGAAAAUAAAAAUGUAGAAGAUGAUAAAUCAUUUACAGCCUUUUAUAGGUACAGAACUAGUACUAAGGAAAGGGUGUUUGUACCACAAGGACGUAAGCAAACAACAGAUGAAUUUAUUUCCAUUGGAUCCACAGAAGAAAAUAUCACUUCUCUGCAAAGUUUGAAAGGAAUUUCAGUAAAUUUUUCAUCCUUGGAUAGAAUGAAUUUGAAAAGGAAGAAUAAAUCAGAGAAUCAAUCAGGAAUCAAUGACUUUGGUGUGGAGUACAGAUUGCAUGAAAUAAAACGGAUACGACCAAAUCCAGAUAAAAAGAAGAAACUGAAAGUAAAAAAAAUAAAAACAGUAAACUAAUAAACUAGUUUCAGUUUGUCCUUUCACAUCCUUGACAACUUAAAAUGCCAUGAUAUUUCUGCACUGUAUUUAUUAAGGUGACAAUAUUGGACACAUGAAGCUGACCAAGUUGUGUACAGUAUUUACAUGGGAGGCAGAAAUCUUUAAGACAGAGUUACUGUAGAAAAGUAUUGAAAUCUUAUUUCUAUGAAGUGAAUUUUCAAUUAAUUACAGAAAAAAAAGGUGCUGACUCUACCGGAUACUUUCAUCACAUCAUCUUAAAAUUUUGUUUUGUUAAAGCAUUAUCAUUUCUGAAGGGAUUACCCAAUGAAACAAAUGCGGAGAAUCUAGGUACAAGGGAUAAGAAACAGUAUGAUGUAUGAAAGUGUAAGGAAAUCGCAUAUCUUCUCAUUCUCAUUUCCUUCAUGUCCUGUAUGUUUUUAAAUUAUGAACCUGCGUAAUGCAGUAAUUUUUUUUUUUUUU